AUGUCCAACAAGACAGCCCCAUUGAGCGACCUGCCUUUAAUGUUGAUGAACCAGAUUCAGCUUGGCUUCGAUGUGUUUGCCCUGGUAUUUGGAGGACUGGGGAAUACACUGGUAUUAAUUGUUAUAAUCAACAAAAAACAAAGAAAUUACCAUGACAUCUUUGUAGCAAACCUUGCUGUGGCUGAUAUCAUGUUUAUACUGCUAACCUUUCCUGGUGAUGUGUUCAAAGUCAUCCAAAAAGCUCCACGAUCUUUGAUCUACUGUCAGACCAUCAGGCCUUUGACUACAAUGUUCUUUUGUCUGGGGCUGUUUACUAUUACAUUAAUGGCGCUCUAUCGAUGUUAUGUCAUGGUUAAUCCCUAUAAAACCAAGAUGAAGUCAGUAUUCCUGUAUUUGAGUGUGCUUGCAUUAUGGGUAUUGUCCUUCGUCACUGCUCUGCCUGCCAUUAUCGUGGCUACCAUUUCACCAAGAACUGGAUUCUGCACUGGAAGGUGGAAGUCUCCAUUAUAUAAAGACGCYUAUAUYAUUUUUCUUUUGUUGAUUAAAUGUGUGGUUCCUUUGUUCUUGAUCGCCCUUGCUUACAUACGUCUUGGAGUAUUUCUUCUUCAUCACAAGCCAGCAGUAACCAACGCUUCUUCAAUCAGACGYGAYCGAAAUGAGAACAUGAAAAUCCUUCGAACUAUCGCCUUAAUYGUGGUACUCUUUGCCUUAUGCACACUCCCCUAUCAGGUGGGUUGGUCUAUGCUGCAAUUUGGCGACACRAUUCUACAAAAGAAGGCCGUUGUAAUGCUGAGGGUAACGCGCAUGAUCCAAAAUCUCCACACAUGCGUCAACCCAGUUAUUUACGCCAUUUCUAGGAAGUAUUUCCGUCAAGARUACAAGARAUAUCUCAGGAAACUGUGUUGCAUUAAGAGCAUGCGCAUUAGCCCGUCCAGCAGCGACAUCGAUGACUUUACACAGCAGCCAAACCACACAAUGCAUGCGCACACGGACACCAUUAACGGAUUUACAGUCGAMCGUGAAGASAGUCCGGUGAUUCAGCUCUCGCCUAUGACAGGACGAUAUCUUGGUUCUCCCUCCAUGAUGCAUCGCAUUACAACUCAAGUUUGAUUCAGAGGAGUACAAGCCAAUCCAUCAAUAUCAUUCAGCUUUGAAAUACAAAUUACUGAAAAUUUUGCAUUCGUGAAACCCUGGAAAAGUCUUGGCACGUCAACCAAUAAACGAAUUUUGCAUUGGAUUAUUGAUAAAUCAAAUGCAUGCAAAGAGAUCAAAAAAGUCCAAGCAUCAAAUGCACUUUGACUUUUCUAAGUCUUUUAAUGGCAUUAAUAGCAAUUAUUAGAAUUUUCAUCAUAAUAUGCUACAUACACAUCCAGGAAUAAAGUGGACAAGAUACAGAAUCAUAGAUAGGUACAACCGGGCUGAUUUCCGUUCAUUGACAAAAAAAAAAGAAAGAAAAAAAGAAAAAAAAAAGAAAAAAAAAAGAAAAAAAAAAGAAAAAAAGAAACUAAACAGGAAGUGGAAGAAUUAGUAAUUACAAAACAACAUGAGCAUUUCCGGCUAAUUAUUAUAAGAAUACAAACAUAAUACAAAACAUACCGCUCAAUCUAAUAACGAAAACAUGAUAGAGUUACUGCUGAYGGUAUUAAUAACAUCGGUGUUUAGCACGAASGAAAASACCAUGUSGUUUAAUCGUUGAAUUUUUUCCUUCACCCGUCGAGUCUUUAAAUAGUCCAUUUGCAGAAAUUCAUUUGCGGUGACCCACUUAAUCGCACCAAUUACAAUUUCCUGCAUUUUACCCACUUAACAAAGUAGUUAAUAAAUKASCCUUAAAAGGUCGUGUUAGCAUCGAAAUGGWAUAACUCCUUCAACGGGUGCUCUUUCCGAUAAUUCAUUUAUCUGAUAUCGAUCUUUAAUCACAUAAACCUGGCGACUAUCUUACCCGCUAUCUUAACAGUAAAUGCUUGUCACACAUUCAGACAUUAUCAAUCAUAUUGUACUCAGUCAAAAUUACAGUUUUAUCAUAGCUUCAAUUACAUAUUAACAUUGUACCCUAGAAUCUCACAGUCAGCAAGUUUACAUAAUGAGCACCAAUUUUGCAUUUUAGUUCCAGACUUUUYAUAACUUGAAGUUAUAACAAUAAAGAGAGCGAAGCCCAGAUCAAGUCGUCAAUUAAGUUCCCAAGUUUCAUUGCGGCCUUUGAUAUUUGCGGUUAUUUGGGGAGCUGGACAACAUUUUGGAAAUAGUUGUAAGCAUUGAUAUUCUUUACAGUUAUGAAUUAUUGACUCGCGCUUAAAGCUGACUUAAAAGGAAGUUCMUUGCAGUCUGGACAGACUUAGUCAGCUGUGCGCAGCCAUUGUGUAAAAGA